AUGAACUUAUCCGACGAUAGUGCCUUUGCAAAUGGUCUAUUAUACGUCGGCUUUAAUCAAGAUCAAGGUUGCUUUGCUUGUGGGACAGAGAAUGGCUUCAGAGUGUUUAAUAGUGACCCACUAAAGGAAAAAGAACGUCAAAAUUUUGCUGAAGGUGGUUUAUCUCCAGUGAAAGCAGUUAAAUUGAGAAGAGAUAGAAUAGUUGUGGUUUUAGAGAACUUGAUUAAAGUUUAUACUUUUACUGCACAGCCGCUACUACUACAUGUAUUUGAAACAUGUCAAAACUCACGUGGUUUGUGUGUUGUCUGUCCAAAUAGUAAUAAUGCACUGCUUGCAUACCCUAGCAGAAAAACUGGCCAUGUACAGCUUGUAGAGUUGAGUAAUCAGUCAGGAUCAAGUAAUACCCCAGAAGGUCAUCUUAUAAAUGCACAUGAAGCUCCUCUUAGCUGCCUUGCAUUAAAUGUUGGCGGAACAAGAUUGGCCACAGCAUCUACCAAAGGCACACUCAUUAGAGUUUUUGACACAAGCAGCGGGCAAAAGUUAGCAGAGCUUAGACGAGGAGCACAUCAGGCUACUAUCUAUUGUAUAAACUUCAAUCAUGCCAGUACUAACCUUUGUGUGACAUCUGAUCAUGGCACUGUGCACAUAUUUAGUUUAGAGGAUGAUAAGUUGAAUAAGCAAUCUACUUUGGCAACUGUAAAUUUUUUACCAAAAUAUUUCUCUAGUAAUUGGAGUUUCUGCAAGUUUACCAUACCCAAUGGUCCACCCUGCAUUUGUGCCUUUGGUGUGGACAAGAGUUCUAUUAUUGUGAUUUGCGCUGAUGGCUCAUAUUACAAAUACAAGUUUAAUGAGAAAGGAGAAUGCAACAGGGAUGUAUAUGCUCAAUUUUUGGAAACUUCCGAGGACAGA